GCAAAAUCUUUCAUUCAGAAGAGAAGAUCCUCAGCUGGUCUGAGUUUGAAUCAGAAACAUUGAUCCUCCGAGAGCCUGAGAGGAGCAGAACAGAAUCAUGGAUUCAGAAAUGAGCAGCAACUAUGAAAACAGGAGCUUCAUGCUCCAAGACAGAGAGCUGUUCUCCUCCGAAGAAGACAGCAGUCUCUACUUCACCUACAGCGGGCGCUGCAACGAGCUGGAAGUCAACAACCUGCACUAUGAGGUGGACACGGCCGCUCAGAUCCCCUGGUAUGAGAAGCUGGCCGAGUUCAAGCUCCCGUGGGAGGUGGAGGGAAACAAACAAAUGGCCAUCAACAACCUCACCCUGCGAGUGCGCAGCGGCCAGAUGCUGGCGGUCAUCGGCAGCUCAGGAUGUGGAAAAACGUCUCUGCUGGACAUCAUCACCUGCAGGGGGGAAGGCGGGAAAAUGACCUCGGGCGAGGUGCUGAUAAACGGGAAGCCCAACACGCCUCAGCUGGUGAAGAAAAGCAUCGCCCACGUGCGACAAGACGACCGACUUCUUCCUCACCUGACCGUCAGAGAGACUCUCAGCUUUGUGGCUAAACUCAGGCUCCCCACCCACUUCACUCAGGGUCAGAGGGACCAGAGGGUGGACGACGUCAUCGCAGAGCUGCGGCUGCGACAGUGCGCCCACACCAGGGUGGGCAACGACUAUGUGAGGGGGGUGUCUGGAGGGGAGCGCCGGAGGGUCAGCAUCGCUGUGCAGCUUCUGUGGAAUCCCGGAAUCUUAAUCCUGGACGAGCCCACCUCCGGUUUGGACAGCUUCACCGCCCACAACCUGGUGAUCACGCUGUCCCGCCUUGCCCGGGGAAACCGGCUGGUCCUGCUGUCGGUGCACCAGCCCCGCUCAGACAUCUUCCAGCUCUUCGACCUGGUGGUGCUGCUGUCUUCGGGUUCGGCCGCCUACUUUGGGGCGGCGCAGGACAUGGUGUCCUACUUCACCUCGCUGGGACACCCGUGCCCCCGUUACUGCAACCCGUCCGACUUCUACGGUGAGGCUGGAUCCUGUCUGCUGGUGUGUUCGCUCACAUCCCUUCAUUGUGUUGCGUUGUGUGCAGUGGAUCUGAUCAGCAUAGACCGGCGCAGUCCAGAGACAGAGGCCGAGUGUUUGCAGCGAGCCAGACUUCUGUCUGAGCAGUUCGCAGAGAAGGUCAGAGACACGGAGGACCACAUGUGGAAGUCAGCUGAGGCCAGCUCAUCACAGACCGACAGUCCACAUCAGCAGAGGAAGAGGCAGGAAGAGCUCAUCAACAUCUCCAAGGACAGGAACAAACUACCCGGUGGACUGCACCAGUUCAAAGUCCUCAUCAGGCGUCAGCUCUACAACGACUACAGAGACCUGGUCACCCUGCUGGUGCACGGCCUCGAGGCCCUCCUCAUGUCGCUGCUGGUCGGGUUUUUGUACUACGGCGCCGGAGACGAGCGGCUGAGCAUUCAGGACACGGUGGCGCUCCUCUACAUGAUCGUGGCUCUCACGCCGUUUGCUGUGGUGCUGGACGUCAUAGCAAAAUGUCACACAGAGAGGGCCAUGCUCUUCCAUGAGCUGGAGGACGGCAUGUACUCGGUCACCUCUUACUUCUUUGCUAAGGUGCUGGGGGAGCUGCCAGAACACUGUGUGUUCACCUUAGUCUACGGGCUGCCCAUAUACUGGCUGGCGGGCCUGAACGAGGCCCCGGAUCGCUUCCUGCUCAACUUCUUGAUGGUGUGGCUGAUGGUGUACUGCAGCCGGUCCAUGGCGCUGUUCGUGGCUGCAGCCCUGCCCACCCUGCAGAUCUCUGCCUUCAUGGGCAACUCCCUGUUCACCGUCUUCUACCUGACUGGUGGUUUUGUCAUUAGCCUGGAGAACAUGUGGCUGGUGGCCUCCUGGCUUUCCUACGCCUCAUUCAUGCGCUGGGGCUUUGAGGGGAUGCUGCAGCUGCAGUUUAAAGACAAUAAAUACCCCGUCACUAUUGGAAACUUCACCUUUGAAAUCGAUGGCAUACAAGUGGUGGAAGUCCUGAACAUGAACCAGUAUCCUCUGUACUCCUGCUACCUGGUCCUGCUGGCGGUCUGUCUGGCCUUCAUGGGGCUCUAUUACCUGUGCCUUAAAUUCAUCAAACAGAAGUCGAGUCAGGACUGGUGACACUCCUCCAGCUUCAGCACUUAUUAAAACAAAAAAACUCUCCAAAGACAAAAAAACAGAAGCUUGUUUUCCUGUGGAUGGAAUGACCCUAUUCGACUGGCUCGAAUCUCUUGAUUUUACUGUUCAGUUUAUACCAUUUUACUGUGUAGAAAUCCUUAAAUUAGUAAACAAAUGUUUUAUUUUUUAUAAGAUAUUUUAAUGUUUUUGCAUAGUAAAUUUAGAUUAAAAAAAGAACAAUUCAAAAUUUUCUGAUUUGUAGAAUUUAACUGCAGUACCUCUUUCUGCCGCCGGGUGGCACCAAAGCACUGCAAUGAUGAUUUUUAUCCUCAUUUCCUUUGUUGUUUCACAAUUAUGUUUUGCUUGUUUUGGGUUGAAUCUGAACUUUUUCAGCACUAAAAAAAUAAAAGCUUCAUGAAAGAAAA